CAGAAUGACAAAAAAAAGCUAGCUAUUAUUAAACACGUACUUCGGGGGUGACCGAAGUAUAAUAAGUUGUUGUGCAAGAUUCUGCCUGUAUUCUGUAGUUAACGGCAAAAAAGUCUAGGUGAUAAAUAUGAUCAGAACCACAGAAAACUUGGCGGAUCCACAGAUAACAGUGAAUUUAGUAGAGGCUGGUGACAAUCCUGGUGGAGUGCAGCUUGUCAACAAAUAUCGAACCAACAGAACCACAGAUGUCAUGGACUUAGUGGAACUUGCAAAACAAGUUCAAAAGGCUGAUGAAUUCACACGAGCUAAUGCAGGCAGCAAACUGACAGUGAUUGCAGACCAGAUCCGUUACUUGCAAGAACAAGCUUAUAAAGUGCUUCAAGAAGCCAAGAGGGAUGCUGACUUGCAUCACGUGGCUUGCAACUUUAAGAAAUGUCCAGGAAAAGUGUAUCAUUUAUACAAACGUCCAUCUGGUCAAAGAUAUUUCUCACUUUUAUCACUGGAGGAUUGGGGAGCCACAUGUCCUCAUGAAUACCUUGGAACAUACCGGUUGGAAUAUGACAUGACAUGGACUCCAGAGAAAGACAUGGAACGACGAAGCAAUGAGAUUGGCUUGAUUGACAAGGUGCUUAAUAUGCAAACCAGUAUUGAGUUCCCUUCCAAACCAAAUUUUAGGAACAUUACAGAUGUAGAGAGUAAAGACGAAUUAAAGUAAAUAGUAAUAUUUUGCUAGUUGAAAUAUUUUUAUGUGGUUACCAUAAUUAUCAAAUAUUUCUAAUAUACUGUAAUAAAUAUUGUUUAUAAGGUGUAAACAUUUAGAAUCACCAUUUUAACAGCUAAAUAAUGCUGAGCCCUAACCCUUAGUGACUUCCAUAUCUGUUCAAAUAAUAUUGUGAUAUUAAUUUGUGAAAAUGUUUUAUGUAUUGUUAUGUUUGUUAUUGUAUAAUACAAGUGGACAAAGCUAACACAAGAAAUCUAACAAUGUUAAAAUGGCUGACAGCAAGUCAGACUGUCCAUUUGCAAGUCAUUGCUGUUUGAGUGCAAGUAUCAAGUACCAUAAGCAAUCAGGAACAAAGAUCAUCAGCAUACACCAAUCUGCUUGUUAAACAAUAUAAGCAUGACAUCCGAUUUUUAUUAGGGUUAAAUACCCAUCAUUGGUACAGUAUAUGGUUUAUCUUUUUGAAAUUUGUAGUUGGCUAUCCAAUCCUACUUUAAUGAUCUAGGAAGAUCACACAGUGCUGCACACCCAAUUAUUGAUCAAGUUUUAAUGUACAACAGUGAAUCAUGCCCUGCAGUAACUAUCCAACAAUUGUUUUUAAACAGAUUUUUAUUAAUUUUUGGAAGGAUAACUGAAAAUUCAUAUCAAUAGUAUCCACUAUCCUAUGUGUCUUUCUAUUUCGUAGAAUUUCUGAAUAGUGUUUCAAUUUGAUUGACUAGUCUGGCUACAGUGUUGCGAUUCUCGUCUUUUAUGAUGGGAUUUAAUUCCUAUUGCAUUUUUAAAAUGCAAUUUCUGUUAGAAAAGCUAAAGAAUGCACCAGGCCAAAAAUACAUACAGAGUAUUUAUAUUAACACUAAUAAUAAAAAUUAAUAUCAAUAAUAUCCACUUAUAAACUUAAAAUUAAUUUGUAGACUACUGUAGUGCACAGUGAUUCCUAUGUACAUGAAAUGGAAUUAUGAUUUAGUUAUACAGGCUAUUUAAGACAAGGCAAAAAAUACAUAAAGAGUAUUUAUAUUAACACUGAAAUGAAUGGUAAAUGAAUUUGAUCCACAGUACUUUGUGGUUAAAUUACUGUUUAAUUCCCUUUUCACAGUUUUGCCUAUUCAUCCAAUCAGUUCUAAAUUGUUUAAUUGAUCAGAAUGUGUUUUUAAUUUUUGUUUGUUUGGUGUGGUUAUGGGUUUCAUUAAUUUUCGGAGGUAUGUAAGACACAGUCUGAUCUGAGAGUGCCAUUUCCUGGCAUCAGGAGUGUGAAUAUUCCAUUGCUACUUCCAUGGUGGGGCUGAGGUGGGUGUGGACUUCUGUCAGGGAUCUUGGACAUCUCAUCAGGAAACUUGGACCCCUGUCAGGGGUCUUGAACCACAUGUUGCGGGUCUUGGACCUCUUGUAGAACCUGGCACCGCCACUAACCCCGGUAUUCUUAAAA